AUGCAUAUUAAUCCAGGAAGUAUGAAGGCUAAUUUAAUUGAUAUUCAAUCAAUAGUUGCGAAUACAAAUUUACACGCAGUUGCUGUUUCAGAAACAUGGUUUAAUGAAAAGCACAAUGAUAAUCUCAUCUCCCUCACAAACUUCACUCUCAUUCGUCAUGAUAGAAAGAAUAAGCGUGGUGGAGGUGUUGCGUUGUACUUAAGACCUGGAAUUAACUAUAAAAUAAUUACAAAAAGUCACCCAAACUCGUUCUCGGAAUAUCUGUUCAUUGAAGUUUUUCCAAACUCUGAUAAGUCGUUUGCGUUAGGAGUCGUGUAUAACCCGCCAGCUAAUACAAAAAUAGAGCCAUUAAAACGUUGUUUAAGCAAUAUUUCUAAUUGCCUAAUUAUGGGUGAUUUUAAUAUAAACUUCUUGAAUAGUUCAAGUAUGACUACUCGUUUCAGAUCGUUUUUAAGUUCAAUUGAUUUGUGUUGUAUUAAUUCGACGGAAACAAAUUUUGUUAAAGGAAAAACGCCAACACAGAUUGAUCUUUUAAUUGCAAAAAAUAAAAGCUUCAUAAAGACUUUCUCGCAGCUGCCUUUAGAUAAAGUUGCGCCCCUUCGUAGUAUUGAAAUUAAACCCAAUAAUAAACCUUCAUGGCUUACUCGUGAAUUAGAAAAUCUUAUGAAUGCUCGCGAUUUUUACCAUAACAUUUAUUACUCCGAAAAGAAUUUACAUCUUCAAUCAAAAUAUUACAACACUUUCAAAAAAUUAAGAAAUAAAGUAAAUGCGCUGAAGCGAAAGCUAAAAAUGAAGAAAGCUCGUUCUCUUCUUGAUCCAAAUUUGCCACCAAAACUUUCAGCUCAAAUUCAUUAA